AUGGGAAGUUUCAAUACUAGUUUUAGGGAAGGCUUCAUUUUGGUGGGCUUCUCAGACUGGCCUCAACUGGAAACCUUUCUUUUUGUGUUUAUUUUGAUUUUCUACUGCCUAACUAUCUUUAGCAACACCACCAUCAUCGCUCUCUCCCGACUGGACCUUCGACUGCACACGCCUAUGUACUUCUUCCUCUCCCACCUCUCCUUCCUGGACCUCUGUUUUACCACCAGUACUGUUCCCCAGCUUCUGAUCAACCUUCGUGGAUUUGACAGGACCAUCACCUAUGGAGGGUGUGUGGCCCAACUGUACAUCUACCUGGCCCUGGGCUCCACUGAGUGCAUGCUCCUGGUGGUCAUGGCCUUUGACCGCUAUGUCGCUGUGUGCCGUCCACUCCACUACAUGACUAUUAUGCACCCCUGUCUCUGCCACACACUGGCUAUCUCGUCCUGGGUGGGAGGUUUUGUGAACUCAAUGAUUCAGACAAGUCUUGUGAUGACCAUGCCUCUCUGUGGCCGUCGACUGAAUCACUUCUUCUGCGAGAUGCCUGUCUUCCUGAAGUUGGCCUGCGAGGACCCGGGAGGAACUGAGGCCAAGAUGUUUUUGGCUCGAGUCAUAGUUGUUGCCCUUCCUGCAGCUCUGAUUCUAGGUUCUUAUGUACACAUUGCACAGGCAGUGCUGAAGAUCAAGUCGACGGCUGGGCGCAGAAAAGCUUUUGGUACUUGUGGGUCCCACCUCUUGGUGGUUUUCCUUUUUUAUGGCUCAGCCAUCUACACCUACUUACAACCCAUCCACACUUAUUCUGAGAAGGAGGGAAAAUUUGUUGCACUCUUUUAUACUAUAAUUACUCCCAUUCUCAAUCCUCUGAUUUAUACGUUAAGAAACAAAGAUGUGAAGGGAGCUCUGUGGAAAGUACUAAGAAGAGGCAGAGACUUGGGCUAG